AUCCUUAUCCAUGCAGGACAACAAUCAAACAGAGCAACUGUUUACACAAUCACACAAGUCUCCAGAUUAACUUUAAACUGUUCAGCAAAUGUACAACGAACAAACAAUUAUUCUAUAACGUUGCAACACUCGAGGCGAACUGUACUCUUUUCGAGCAGACUGUACCGCGAUGUUUCUUUAAAUGUAGAAGUCAAUCAACGAUUUGACAACGUCAACUAAACCUUACAAAAACUGUAACACUGUACAUACAUAUGCAUGAGUAAUACACUAAAUACAUUUAGGUGAGCGUUUGCAUAAUCAUUGUUUUGAUCCGUAUAUUCAUUGUUACAUCACGCGAAAAUGAGAAUGUGUGCAGGUAGAUUUUUUUUUAAUCUUAUGCAUAUUUCACCACCCACAUGAAAAAGUGGUGGCUCGUGCUCAAGAAUGUGAAAUGCACAAAGCGAGUUGUUAACGUUGGCUUUUACGGAUAUUUUCUCUUCCACAAUUGUGGUUGAGGUUAUUGUCACUGUCGGAAAUAUACUGGCCCGACCACGAAAUACUAUAUGCAUCUUUUAUCAUUUUAACGAAACCUGUUAUCGAGGUUCAUAUACGUAGACGGUAAAAUUGGCAAAAGGAAAUCGUGUAAUUUCUCUUUCCAUUUAAUGAAAAGAAUCGGGCUUCGGAUCGUCUUGCUACAGCACUGUUUUAUUCACGGCGUCCUAAGUCCUAGCGAUUCCUUGAAGCUCAUUCAGCUUAUUCCAGUCGUUGAAUCGGUGCAAGUCAACGGCUAUGCUUUUCCAUUAAUAAUAAUAAUAUCAUUUGCGAAUCAAAUUCCGUUCGCUAUGUAAAAAUAAUGACAGAACUUCUUCAACUGUGACUUUCCGCGAUCGUUCAAAAGUGGAUUCGGAAACUUUUGCAGUGUAUCUUGGAUAAGAUCCUGGAUGUACUUUGAACAGACAUAAAGUUCAAGGUAGCUACCAAGGCUCUCUGUCCUUUCUCACGAUGACCCGUCGUGGGAAGCUCGUGAUAGUGGAUGUCCGGGGUUGACGAUAUCAGUUAAUAAUUCCGCAAUGAGAUAAAACCGGUCCGUUCGAAAAAAUCAGUUAAGCCGAAGACAGUUUUCUUCCGACGAGAUUCACGAUGUGGCCAAGAUUGAGAAGACUGUUUCGCACGUGGCCGAUUAUUCUCUCGGUCGCCUUGCUUGCGGGAAUAUUUCUGGUUUGGUUGAGCAAAACACGGCAGUCCGAAGACCGCAGCGACUACACGGCGAUGCGGCUUAUGGAGAAUCAAAAGGAUUAUAUAGAUCGUAGGGGUAUACGUGUGGUCGUGGGCCAUUAUAUCGGCGACUCCGUUGAUCCUUUGAAAACUCCGAACAUUACGAAAGAUCUCAUCAACAAGAACAUGUUCGAUCCACGGCCUUCCGAGGGCAAAAAUGGCAGCCCGGUUUUAAUCCCAGCGAAGGAUUUUUAUCAAAUGCAGCAGCUCUAUCAAAUCAAUCGAUUCAAUUUGAUGGCCAGCGACAGAAUACCGUUGAAUCGCACUCUACCGGACGUUAGGCGAAAGGGGUGCGUCGCGCGAUAUUCAAAAUUGGAGAACUUGCCGAGAACGUCGGUGAUCAUUGUUUUGCACAAUGAAGCGUGGAGUACGCUGCUGAGAACUGUAUACAGCGUGAUCGAUAGAUCGCCCAGACAUUUGCUGGAGGAGAUCAUCCUCGUCGACGAUAACAGCGACAGAGAUUUUUUGAAGGCUCCUCUAGACGAACAUGUAAAGAAUUUACAAGUGACCACUAAAGUUCUUCGUUCCAGGAAACGCAUAGGUUUAGUGAAUGCGAGAUUAAUGGGCGCUAACGAAGCCGUAGGCGAAGUUCUCACAUUCCUCGACGCGCAUUGCGAAUGCACGGUUGGAUGGUUAGAACCGUUGCUCGAAGCCGUGGCUAAAAAUAGAACCAGAGUUGUGUCUCCGGUUAUCGACAUAAUCAACGACGACACCUUUAGCUACACUCGAUCUUUGGAACUGCACUGGGGUGCAUUCAACUGGGAUUUGCACUUCCGCUGGUUAACAUUGAAUGGCAGACUGUUGAAAGAGAGACGCGAAAACAUCGUCGAGCCAUUUCGAACUCCGGCUAUGGCCGGAGGAUUGUUCUCCAUGAACAGAGACUAUUUUUUCGAGCUGGGUAGCUACGACGAACAAAUGAGAAUUUGGGGCGGAGAGAAUUUGGAGUUAUCGUUCAGGGUGUGGCAGUGCGGAGGCAGCGUUGAAAUCGCGCCUUGCUCUCACGUAGGACACCUGUUUCGGAAAUCAUCCCCGUACACGUUCCCCGGAGGAGUGGGAGAAAUUCUGUACGGGAAUCUUGCCCGAGUGGCUUUGGUCUGGAUGGACGAUUGGGCUGAGUUUUACUUCAAAUUCAAUCCAGAGGCAGCCAGAUUAAGGGACAAGCAGCCGGUUAGAUCUCGGUUAGCGCUGCGCAAGACGUUGCAAUGCAAAAGUUUCGAGUGGUAUCUGGACAACGUGUGGCCAGAACAUUUUUUCCCAAAGGACGAUCGAUUCUUUGGACGGAUCGUGCAUCUCUCUACAAAAAAAUGCAUUAUGCGACCGACCACGAAAGGCACUUACUCACAGCCCUCCGGUUACCCGGUCUUAGAGGGCUGCGUUCCUAGGCCGAUACUUAGUCAAAUGUUUGUGAUGACGGAAAGAGGGGUCGUGAUGACCGAUGAGAGCGUUUGCUUGGACGCUCCUGAGCACGACACGCAGCACAAGACACCAAAGGUUAAGAUAAUGGCAUGCAGCGGCAGCAAACGGCAAAAGUGGCGGUAUGACGAACAGACAAAAACAUUUUUACAUAUCCCUUCGGAUAUGUGUUUACAAGCGAGUGACGACGGAGGUCCUGUGAUAGCAGACUGUGCAAAAACCGUUGAGCAGCAGUGGCUGCUGGAACCAGUCCCAUGGAAAUGACCACCAGUAUUUGUUUUUUUUAAAUAACUCAUAUCAUUUGAUGACCAGCGAGCAUGCUAUCAAAACCGAACGUUAGCACGAGGAUACCUUUAAGAUACUUUUAGACAAUCUUACACCACUUUUUAUUUUUCUACAUGCGGACUUAUCAAUCAUUGUAAAUAAAUUGUCCGUAAGAUUUA